AUUUAAUCCUUACUGAAUAGCACAGUCUUACUUCCCAUCAUAUACACACAACUAGGAGGAGUGCUAUAUACUACAAUAUAUAUAUAUUUUCUCUUCUAGUUUAGCUUAGCAGCUUCUCCUCCUCCUCCUCCUUCUGGCCAUGGUUAUCAUGGGCAAAACGCAGAUCCUAAUCUCCGUUUUGAUUCUUGGGCUGUUUAGUUCUGAAAAGUGCAGCAGCCAUGGAAGUGGAGUAGGAAGAGCUGUAAACAAAGAAGAAGAAGCCGACAGGAUUGUGGGACUUCCCGGACAACCCAAGGUUUCGUUUCAGCAGUUUUCAGGAUACGUGACAGUAAAUCAACAUGUUGGGAGAUCCCUCUUUUACUGGCUCACUGAGGCUGCCCACAAUCCCUUGUCAAAGCCGCUUGUUGUUUGGCUCAAUGGAGGUCCCGGCUGCUCUUCUGUGGCAUAUGGUGCAUCGGAAGAGAUAGGACCAUUUAGAAUAAACAAGAGUGCUUCAGGACUAAACUUGAACAAGUUCUCAUGGAACACAGUUGCCAAUCUCUUGUUCUUGGAAACUCCAGCCGGGGUCGGCUUCUCCUACAGCAACCGCUCCUCUGAUCUCUUUGACACCGGUGAUCGUCGCACUGCAAAGGACUCAUUGCAAUUCAUAAUCCGAUGGCUGGAUCGAUUCCCACGAUACAAGGGCAGAGAAGUAUAUCUCACAGGCGAGAGCUAUGCAGGACAUUAUGUUCCUCAGCUAGCCAAAGCAAUUUUGACAUACAAUUCACAGUCCAAACACCCAAUCAAUCUUAAAGGAAUAAUGGUGGGUAAUGCAGUGACAGACAACUACUACGAUAACCUAGGAACGGUGACAUACUGGUGGAGCCAUGCAAUGAUCUCCGAUAAAACCUACAAGCAACUGAUCAACACAUGCGAUUUUAGGAGGCAGAAGAACUCAGAUCAAUGUGAGUCGUUGUAUAGCUACGCCAUGGAUAAAGAGUUUGGAAACAUAGACCAGUAUAACAUUUACGCACCACCAUGCAACAACUCCGAUGGAAGCACAAGAACUUCUACAAGGCAGACUGCUAUGCAUUUGCCUCAUCGACCGAUGUUCCGGCAAAUAUCCGGCUAUGAUCCUUGUACGGAGAAAUAUGCUGAACUUUAUUACAACAGGCCAGAUGUACAGAAAGCACUCCAUGCCAACAUAACCAAAAUUCCUUAUAAGUGGACUGCUUGCAGUGAGGUUUUAAAUCGAAACUGGAACGACACAGAUGUAUCGGUUCUUCCUAUUUACAGGGAUAUGAUAACUGCCGGUUUAAGGAUUUGGGUUUUCAGUGGAGAUGUGGACUCAGUGGUGCCAGUCACAGCCACUAGAUAUUCCCUUGCACAACUCAAAUUGGCCACCAAAAUUCCAUGGUACCCCUGGUAUACUAAGAAGCAGGUCGGUGGGUGGACAGAGGUAUACGAAGGGCUGACAUUUGCAACAGUGAGAGGAGCAGGUCAUGAAGUUCCACUUUUCAAGCCAAGAGCAGCUCUUGAGCUUUUCAGAUCAUUUAUUCAAGGGAGGCCUCUUCCCAAAUCCUCAUGAAAAUUGAAAAAUAAAAAAUAAAAGAUAAAUAUAAAGACGUGAAAAGGAAAAAAAUUAUUCCUUGUCAAUUCUAAUACCAAUUGGUCUUCUGAAUUUUUAUUGUCCUCCCAGCUUGACAAGAAAUGUUCCGCAAGUGUUGAGAAACAAGUAGAGAGAAAUGAGAGUAUGAUUAUGUUUUAGGAUAGGCAUAUGAGGUGAAAUAUGAAAAAGGUGUAGUUUGUAAUUUGUGGUUGUUUGCUUCCCAGCAUCAAGUGCGACUUUUGGUAGACCCAAGUGUAAAACUCCAUUGAUGGGGGUGUUUGAUUCUUAUUCAAAGUGUCAAGUGAUGAUUCAAAUAUUCGAA